UUCCAAACCGGGAGGACACCAACAAUUACGAAUAUCGAUAAACAGGCCGGCCUACCAGGUACAAAAAUUGAAUAUACAAUGAGGUACACGAUUUUUUCAGUGUAAACUGUAAAAGUUUGUACCUCUCAUGAAAUAAAGUAGACCCCUAUUAUACAUUAUUCUAUGUACUAUGAGACAUGGACAAGGUGAAAAGCAAAUUGUUUUAUUCUUUGCUAUUGAACAUAUACCCAGAAAACAAAGCUUCGAAAAAAGAAUGCCUGCAUUAUUCAGUGGCUACAUUGGCGGUAGGUAGUUUGCAAUAAUGAAGGUGAAUCACAUUGCAUAAAGAACAUUCACACUGUAUUUUCAGAUCAAGUUAUAAAGAUCACAGGAAGAUUGUACACCAGUCAAUUUGGUCGUCUUUCCGACAACACUGGCGAUAGUUUUGAUCAUAGUACUCAUCCUACCGAAAUUACACGGUUCGUACAAACAAGAUGACUUCAUAUAUACUGGAUAGCUUAUAAACAGUGGAAAAUAAUUUGCGAAAUAUUUUUUGGGGUGGGAAAUCAAGUUGCCAACAAUACGACUACCUCUUUUCGCUAAUAACAAUAAGAAACUUUAAUCAAACUCACUAGGAAUAUAUUUACAACAUCAUGUGAGAACGUAACAAAAGACAUUAUAACAAACAAAGGCGAGUUAGAUAUGGGAUCGGCGAACGGACUCGAAGUCCCAACAAGGCAAACCCCACACAUAAAUUACAACUAGAAAUUUACACUACGAAAACAUAAAAUUUCAAUCAAAGUUCUCUAAUACCACUGAACAGACAGCCCAGUCUCUUCCUCAGGUUGACUGCACAUACCAACUUAGAAACAAAUUAAUUUAUUCGGAAUUAUUUCAGAAAACAAUCCUAAUCCUAACCCAUGCGCUAAUACUAACCCUAAUUCUAAUUUUAAAGAUAGGGGUGUAGCUGGAGUACUUUUUGCCUUAAAUGUCAUGUAAUAUAUAGCUUAAUUUAUAGCCUACGAAUGCUACCAUGCCCAUGGUUAAAAAACUAUUGUUACAGCUUUGGUACACAGUUAUUCAGCUAUUACUCAAAGGCUUUCAGAAUUAUUGGGUUAUUAUGGGGGGAGAGGGGUAAAGAUCAUCCCUUUACUAUUCCCAUUCUACAACAAGAGGAAAACCAAGUACUAGGAGAAAACCUGUCACACUGCGUAAUUAUCGAGCAAUGUCUCAUUUCAUGAUCUCAUUGCGUAUGUUUCACUCAAAUAUGAAGUACCUUAACAGUUUUAUCAUGCAAUAGACAAUUCCCACUAUAGACUAAUUUUUUAUCUUGGCAUAAAAAGUAUAUUCCCGGAAAAAGCAUACUAAAAUGAGUAAAAUUGCAAAGUUUGGUUGCGAAACGUUGUAAAAGGCGCAAAAUAUAGCCUUGCAAAGUUCGCAAAUUUUGUAUACUUUUGUAUUGGGUGCGGAAAUUGCUAGCACAUUUGGGCCGAAAAUGGCAGCAAUUUCCACACGCAAUACAAAGUCAAAGUAUACACAAUUUGCGAACUUUUUGCAAGGCUAUAUUUUCCGUAUUUUACAACAUUUCGCAACCAAACUUUGCAAUUUUACUCAUUUUAGUGUGCUCUUUCUAGCUGUGAUAAUUUUGCAUCUCCUUGCCAAGUUUUAAAAUUAGUCUAAUAUGGGAAUUGUCUAUUCCUGAGUGAAAUAUUUUGUUUUCUAGAGUGUAUCUUGGUGGGUACAACUGUGACACCAACGAUGAAAAUGGACAAGUGUAAGAAUGUUCUUGAUAACUUUUUACAUGAUGCUGCUCAAAAAAGUGCCUGAGAGGAAUGCUGGUCUUAGUAGUCAUCGCCCGGGAAAAUUAAACAAUUCAAAACGGCCACUAUCGACAUUUUCCCAGGCGAUGACUACUAAGACCAGCAUUCCUCGCGGGCAUCAAGCCUUGUGACGUCAUUAUGCAUAAGGUCUAUUGCUUGAUCCAUGAGACCCAUUUAUACAUGCAAUGUUUGUUGCGAUUUUAGCUGCGGAAUCUCUUCUUCUGAUGGAUGUGAACGAGUGGACGAGUUAUAAAUGUUCAGACCAGAGUACACCUACUCAGAACAUUCAUUACUCAUCUACUCGUUCACAUGCACCAGAAGGAGAAAAUCGAGAAGAAAUAUAGGCAUUUAAAUACAAAUCUUUUCUAAAUCUCACCGUAGGUAUGGAAUAACCUAUGUGCCAUAUUCUGGACACUUCAUAUGUAGAGGAGAAAUCACAGCACCAGGUGAAUAAUGCCUUUCAACAAAAAUUAUUUCCUCUGGUCAAUAAAAGUUCCCUUUAUCAUCUCUGUGAUCAGAGUUGUAACCAUGCAGUGUUACUACAGGAGGAAACCUAAACUAAACUAAACAAAACUAAACUAACUUUAUUUAUACUGGAUAGCUCUAUCAGUUCUGAACUGUUCUUCCUAGAGGUCCAGUAAGGAUAAUCUCUUAUUGAUCCAGUGUUACUACAGGAGGAAACCUAAACUAAACUAACUUUAUUUAUACUGGAUAGCUCUAUCAGUUCUAAACUGUUCUUCCUAGAGGUCCAGUAAGGAUCAUCUCCUAUUGAUCCAGUGUCAAUACAGGAGGAAACCUAAACUAAACUAACUUUAUUUAUACUGGAUAGCUCUAUCAGUUCUAAACUGUUCUUCCUAGAGGUCCAGUAAGGAUCAUCUCUUAUUGAUCCAGUGUUACUACAGGAGGAAACCUAAACUAAACUAACUUUAUUUAUACUGAUAGCUCUAUCAGUUGUAAACUGUUCUCCCUACAGGUCCAGUAAGGAUCAUCUCGUAUUGAUAUGUAGUUGUCAUUAUAAUUUCUACCCAUGCAGUUGCAUGAAAAAGAGUACUUCCAGUUUCACUCUAUCAAACACUACAGGUUAUCCUAUCAUCCUGUAGUAACACUGGAUCAAUAAGAGAUGAUCCUUACGGGAUCUCUAUAGGAAGAACAGUUCAGAACUAUUACAGCUAUCCUGCAGUAAAAAUAAAGAUAGUUUAGUUUAGGUUUCCUCCUGUAGUAACACUGGAUUAAUAAGAGAUGAUCCUUACUGGACCUCUAGGAAGAACAGUUCAGAACUGAUAGAGCUAUCCAGUAUAAAUAAAGAUGAUCCGAGAACAGUUUAUACUAGACUCUGUAUAUUUUUGGAAAUAUGAAAGUUCAUCUUCUACAAUGCAGGUUCCUACGGUGUCUCUUAUCUCGUCUCGAAUUACGGUCGAUCACAGAUAAACAACAACGAUCUUAGUCUUGUCGAUGCUAACGAUGUUAUUUAUGAAUAUCAAGCUCAUUCGGGUAAGAUUUGGACAUUACCACCAAUAGAUAAAUACCGAGAUUUUGCGCAUCUCGUUCGAUACUACCAAUACUAGAUAGGUUUUGUAGAUGAAAUUUUCGCAAAUUUACAUACAUUUUUAAACCUACCCGGAGCAAUUGCGAAAAAGGACUAUAGGCCAGCGAUAACUGAAAAACUAUCAAACGUAUUAAUAAGAAAAUGUGGAAUUAAUGGACAUUGCCCAAGGACAAAUGGAUUAAAUUUUCAAAUGAGAAAUUAGCAAAAGUUUGUGUUGCUUUGCUGGGCAGUGUAAACCCUUGAACUAUAAAUAAACUGGAAGGCUAACUCAGGGGGGGGGGAUUGAAGCCAGUGUAUUUUAGUUUUUCUGAGUUAUGAGCAGAAAUACUCAACACUGAACGUUGGGCUAUAUAUCAAAUUGAAGCUAUUGAAAAACGCUAUUUGGUGUAGAAAUUUCAAGACUUUAGCUAAAAGGGAAAUAUUGAAAAACUAUACAAACAUAAUUACCGAUAAUUUGCCGUUUUGCAGUUGUUUUUGUAUUUUUUAAAUAUUUUUCUUUUCGCUGCCGGAAGUCUUGAAAUUUCCACACCGAAUAGCAAUUUUCAAUAGCUUCAAUUUGAUAUAUAGCCCAACGUUUGGGAUCAAGUAUUUCUGCUCAUAACUCAGAAAAACUAUUUUGGCUUCAUCAAAUCAUAGGCCUUCAUCAUAGCAGUUAGCCUUCCAGUUUAUUUAUAGUUCAAUGGUGUAAAAUGAGUGUGUAAUUUGUCCAUUGUAUAAUUUAUGCAUGACAUGUAAUUAAUUAUAAUUACGAUACUUUUUGUGUGUGUUGGUGUUAUGUACUCAGGUGAAUAUGAUGUUUGUGGUGUUACUCUGAGUGUGCAUCCACAUUGGGUUGUAGGAGUCUGGAGCGCCUGGAGAAAACCUUCGACUUUCGGCAGAGCGUUGACUGACUCUUUUCACAUGAGUCCGUAGCGAGAAUCGAACCCACGAUCUCAGAGGUGAAAGGCGCUUGUUCUGACAACUGCGUCACCGAAGCCCCAUGGAAUAAUUAGCGACCUUAAGCAUGUAGGACGGGAACGCGACGGCAAACAAACUCGUUGAACCAAAUGAUUGCAGAAGAAAACUUGUCUUCUAUUUUCCAUCGUAUGAAAAUAAUACAGUUUAAGGAUCAAAAUUAACACAGGGUUUAUGAUUGAGAAAAGUUCUAGGACGCAAUUUAAAAUAGCAGUUGUCCCAGCUUGAAAUGUAAGCGUUGUAUAGAAGACGUGAUAAUCUGUAUUUUGCCGUUGUAAAACAGAGCUACGGCGACGUCUAAAACGUCUGUGAGAUUUCAAUUAUUAAUUUCUGCUCGUUUUCUUGCUGAUGUUAUUGGCCGUUCUCGUUGCACUUUCGUUCUACAAGUGUAAAAUGUAAGGCGGUUUUUUGACACGUCCCCGUACUAGAGUUUUGCUUAAGUUCGCUGUUAAUUCGCUGGAGGAGGGAUACAGUCUUCGAGUGACCUCUAGUUGUCUUGCUCCGAUAAGUAUAUCUGCACCAGUAAUAAUAACAGCUCAGCACUUACCAUCAUGAUUCUGUUUUCAGAUGUUACAAGUGUUGAACCAAGAAGCGGCAGCCGCGCUGGUGGAACCAUCCUAACAAUCAAAGGAAAAGCAUUCAGUUUUAUUAAAGAGAAUGUCAAAGUAACCGUGGGAGGUAAACUUUUCUUCAAUUCUUGAAGUGACUGUGUUAUCUUACGAGAGAUACCGCGGGUGUCCCAAAAAGAACUGGACACUGUUUAAUUUCAUGUAACGUAAAAGCUAUAAAAGCUAAAUUAAGAUCAUUACAUUUAGAAAGGACUAACUUAGAUUUUUAUAUAUAACACUUGAAUUUACAUGCAAUAUUGACUGCGCUAUUGAUGUUUGAAUGUUGAUCUACUCUUUUAGAAAAUGCAAAAAAUUAGCAUAAAACAACCUUAUAAUUACCGAUGUAGUUAUACUUGUUAAAUAACAAAUAUUUUUAUUUUGGUGAAAGGAAUGCAUGAACAACAAGUUUGUUUACAAUUUAUUCGUUAGGAAUAAACAGUAAAUUUGCAUGCUAGAAAAUGAUCUCAAAUUAAAGUUAAUAUUAUACCAUAACAAUAUUUGUAUUGGAGUUUCACAAACAUAUAUACAUCUUACAUAUCCUCCACAGCAAAAGUGACCAAAAAAAAUCGAUGUUCCUAACUGGACCACUAGGGAGAACAGUUUUGAACUGUUUAGUUACCUAAUAUAAAUAAAAUUAGUUCAGCUGAGAUUUCCUCCUGUAGUGAUAUUCAACAAAUAAAGAAUAGACCUUACUUGACUUCUAGGGAGAACGAUUUGGGACAGAUCUGAUAACCUAAUCUGUCAGUUUAGCAUUCUAGGUUUUUAGUCAAUUUAUGUAAUUUUCCACAGGUGUUCCAUGUGAAGUCCUUACGAGCAAUCGAGAUACAAUCACGUGUAAGACAGGCGCACUUCGUGAAGAAAAUGAAGGCAGAGAAUUCUACCCAGGUUUGUAUGUCAACGUUGAUGUCGUCGUAUAAUUUUACCUCUAACAAUGCUCGUACCCAGUGACUCGGAUGAGUCACUCUCAUCAAACACUCGGAUGAGUCAUAGUUUAGCGAUGGAUUCUUGUUAGAGGUUUGAAGGAGACUCGCAUUUACAGGGUAAUCGAAGUUUGUCAACAAGUUGUCUUUGCACUGCUUGCCACAAGUUGUCAACAAGUUUGGAACAAGCUGAUAACAAUUUGUAACAACCUUGUUGAUAUUAUCAAGCUUGUUAAAAGGUUGUUCCAACAAGUCCGAUACAGUCAUGAUAUAGCAGUAUUGUCACAACCUUGUGUCGUCAAAAUUGUAACAUUCUUGUUAUAUCAUGACUGUAUCAGACCUGUUAGAACAACCUUGUGACAAGUCUGAUAAUGCCAUCAACCUUGUUACAAGUUGUUAACAGCUUGUUCCAACAACUGGGAACAAGCAGUGCGAAGACAACUUGUUGACAGCUUGUGAACAGAUUUGUAAUAACUUGUUUGCAGACUUGUAACAACUAGUGCGUUUUUACGUGUGUAAUUGGCAUGGUUUUUCAACUUCGCGAUAUAAGAGAAGAGAACCCAUAUACUUAUCUCUAUCCAAAAUGUACGAGCUUUGUCAUGCAGAUGACUUUAACCCUUCCUUCUUAAUUUCAACUCUUAAUUAUUUCACAUUGACUAGGUGGUCGAGGGUUCAUAUGUGAUACAUGGCCAAUAGAGCAAAGGAUUUCCAACGUACGCGACUUUAAUCCCAACGCAACAUACGUACAUAGUCAUAUCCAUCAGAUGCACACAGAUUUUGCCACGUAUGUCAACGAUCCAUCAUUUGUGAAACCAACUUACUGGUUGGUUGGUCGGCUGACUGCCUACUUCGUGCCACCUUCCAGUGGAAUUUACAGAUUUGGUUCGACAUCUGCCGAGCGCAGCGUUGUGUAUUUCAGUAACACUAGUUCACCUUUGGAUAAGGUAAGUGAUAGCUCAAUUUCCAUAUUAACAAGCACAAUUUAAAUGCAGCGAUUUUUUACACUCCUAAACUAAAUACCGGAAAGCAUCUGUAUUGAAAGAUUGCUCUACAUAAGCUGAAAACUAUAUUUAAUAAACCGUUUGAACUUGAGUCUAGUAAAAAUCUACAAAAAAAAACACAUGAAUUUGAAGACUACUAUACCUUCCCUAAGCCCCAAAAUAAACUCAGACGAGAAAUAAUUCAACUGACCCAGAUAAUUCAAAUUGAAGUUUACCUGUACAGUACUUAUACUAAGAACCAAUAGUUUGAAGUUUAAACUAGUAAGAAUCUACUACAAAGGACGUGUAUUUCAAGACCACUACCUACACUGAGAACCAACAGUUUGGCGUUUAGGCUAGGACGUGCAUUUCGAGACCAAACUAAACACCAACCGUUUGAAGAGAGAAAAAGAGAGGAAAAAAAUAGAAAAAAAGUACAACAAUGUGCAUUUCAAGAUUCCUACCUAAUUUGAAAACCAAGAUGCAAACAAAGUUUACUGCUAUAUUCGUACAUGAUACAUCCUCUUUAAUUUUAGAGAGAAAUUGCUUCCAACCCAUACUACACCGGUUCAUACAAUUGGAACAAGUUUGAAACGCAGUGGUCAGAACGUAUGUACCUUGAGGAUGGCCGUGCGUAUUAUAUUGCAAUUGAAGGAGAUUAUCGUUAUUACCACGGAUACGUUCUAAACCUCGGCAUGCACAAAGAAACAACAAGUCUUACAGAGGAGGAUGUUCCCAUGGCCGUACAGGAACAGCAAUAUUUGAAAAUCUAUAACACGAUUGAGAAGGAGGCACAGGUAUUUCAAAAUAAAUGAAGUUCUCCUUAUUUUUUGAGGUAUUUCAGCCACAUGGUAGUUUAUUGUAGAAUACUACCUACACUGGACCUCCACGGUUGAGAUAUCUUUUUCAGGUAGUUCAGACACAAACCACGACAGCUUAUUGUAGAAUACUACCUACACUGGACCACCACGUUUGAAAUAUAUUUUUCAGGUAUAUCAGACACAAACCACGACAGCUUAUUGUAAAAUACGACCUUCACUGGACCACCACAUUUGAGAUAUCUUUUUCAGGUAGUUCAGACACAAACCACGACAGCUUAUUGUAGAAUACUACCUGCACUGGACCACCACGUUUGAGAUAUUUUUUCAGGUAGUUGAGACACAAACCACGACAGCUUACUGUACAAUACUACCCACACUAGACCACCACGUUUGAGAUGGACCCCACAUGGACCCCAUCAUCAUAGAAUGCACAGUUCGCUAGGAAUAAUUUGUGAAAUUUAAAUUUUUAGACAAUUACGUAUGAGAACUGGACAGAUGGGUUCGUCCAACAGGAAGAACAACUAGUGACGGUGAAGCAAUGUUCAUUGGUGAACAAUCUAUGUCAACAACCACCACCAUUCAGCUUAAACUACAACGGGUCUCUAACUGGGUCUCUAACUCCAAACAUUUCUGCUGCAGAUCUUCAAACUGCACUCAAUGUUCUUCCUUCAAUAAGUAAUGCUGGGUCUGUCACAGUGACCUUGGAAUCGUCCGACAGCCAGGAGAAUGUUUACAGGGUUGAAUUUAACUUUGCCGAACCUGAAACGACUUCAAUGCUGCAGGAUGGAAGUCAGUUACGAGGACAGUUUGUGAGCGUGGCCGUUGACAAGGCUGGGAUAAACUCAGACAAAGGAUUCAGGUUAAGCCUUGGUGGAAAACGAACACAAGUGAUUCCACCAAAUGUGACCGAGGCAGAACUGGAAAGUACCUUUACUCAACUUUUCACCACGCAAUGCACAUUCUCUGCAAAUACAGGUAACAUACGAUGA